AUGUCUAGAGCAGCUGGAGUUGGAGAGAGAGGAGAGAGAGUUGCAGCGGCUCGAGGAGCAGGAGCGACAGCAGCAGGAGCAGCAGCAGGAGCAGCAGCAGAGGCAGCAGCCGCUGGAGCAGCAGCAGCCACAGCAGCCGCAGCAGCAGCAGCAGCAGCAGCAGCAGCAGCAGCAGCUGCUGCCGUCUCCUCCUCCUGUCUCGGGUCUUCGGACCCUUGGUCUCCCGUCUCCCUCUCCUUCCUCCUCCCCCUCUCCUCCCGUCUCUGGUCCUCCGCUUCCUCCUCCUGA